AUGUUAUUAGACAAAAGUGAAUCACCGGCAAAAGAAAAAGCCUUUCGGGAAAUUUGUUCGAACUUACCAGAAACUUCGGCUCGAUCAUCCUCAUGCGACACACACACGCCAACUACCGUAUCCUCUGCCCAACGCGGCGCAACACUUUUGCGUAGGCGUAAAAGUUUUCGUUUCGAAACGAAACUUUGAAUGUUAUCAGUUGGUCGCAUCGUUGGUGUAGGAUGUCGAAGCUGCCAAACAGUAUUGCGUGGUUUACUGAGCCCGGAAAGUAGCAUGUGUGAAAGUCGAGCAAAUUUUAAGGUCCGGCGGCAGCUGAAACUUCGAUGUUUGUACUGCUACUUUAUUCAAGUAGAUGGUCGCUGGGAAGUUCGGUGCACAGAGUAUCCAAAACAUCACCAAAAAGAACCAUUUAAUGUGAAAUUGUUGUGGUGA